UACGUGACGGAAUGUGGAGCUCAAAGCGCAGUGGCUCGCGAUUCUUGUUCUUUUUUUAGUACGUAUUAAAAAAAGAAGAAUGGUAGGCAAUUAUAGUCGGAUUAAUUUGCCGAUCAAAAUGGGGUAAGGAGAGAGCGACGGCGUUGGUGUAUGAAUGAUCCAGAUAGGGAUAGAGGCAUGCUCCUAUGUGCAUGUGUAUGUGGGUAUAUAUGCAAUGUGGGUGGUGGUUUUGAUCAAGUCUAGUUAUUCGAAGGUGUGAGGUGUGGGUUAGCAUUGAAUGAUGCAUGAGAAAACUGGAGGGACCAUUCCUUUGAAAAAGUACUAUAUAUUUCACUAUACUUUAGAAACGAGAAUUCACGGGACUUCUCUGAAAUCUCUGCUUAAAAGUUAAAAACUCAUCAUCUUCUUCAGCCAAACAGCCUGCUUUGCUUUUUUAUUACAUGAUGAUGAUGAAUCAAGACAGCCUAUAGUCUCUUUUCCUUCUCCACAUUAAUUUCCAUGCAAGUUUUUCUGUGCGUAUGUCUCUCCUGAAGAAAACAGAAAGGGCUAAUUUUCUGGGUCAUUACUGCAGGUUUUUGUAUUUUCAAGAUUUUCAUGAACAGUGCUUUGUGAAGAUCAUUACAUCUGAUUGAUAUAUAUAUAUAUAUAUACAUGAAACGCCAUAACGGGUCUUCGGUGUUUGUGUCUGGAACUCAUGUUUCUGAAUCAGUUCAUGCGUUUCCUCAAAUCAACUCACACCUUCAGAAGGAAAAACGUGCCUUGUGACCGUGUGUUUUGAGUCCAAGAAAGAAGCCUGGCAAAGAUUCAGAUUUUCAAAUGGCUGCGUCGUGUUUCAAUCCAUUUCGGAUGCGGAAGAACAAGAGCAGAUCUUCAUCAUUUCCUUCAUCUUCAAAAAGCCAGUUGUAUGGUGAUACUAAUAAUAUGGAGAAGAAGAGAUUCGACAGUCUGGAAUCAUGGUCCAUGAUUUUGGAUUCCGAGAACAUCGAAACAUGGGAGACAUCUAAGGAUGAUCAAGAGGAAUAUAUGGCUGAUCUUUCUCAGUUGUUUAUAGGUAAUAAAUUUGCUUCUGGAGCACACAGUAGAAUCUACAGAGGAAUCUACAAACAGAGAGCUGUUGCAGUAAAAAUGGUGAGGAUCCCAACUCAUAAGGAGGAGACUAGAGCUUUGCUCGAGCAGCAGUUUAAGAGCGAGGUUGCCCUGCUUUCGCGCUUAUAUCAUCCCAAUAUAGUUCAGUUUAUUGCUGCAUGUAAGAAGCCCCCGGUAUACUGCAUCAUUACAGAAUACAUGUCACAAGGGACUCUAAGAAUGUAUCUCAACAAGAAAGAGCCUUACUCCCUUUCAACUGAGACCAUUCUGAGAUUAGCCCUUGAUAUAUCAAGAGGAAUGGAGUAUCUUCAUUCACAAGGUGUGAUACACAGAGACCUCAAAUCGAACAACUUGCUUUUGAACGAUGAGAUGCGUGUUAAGGUUGCAGAUUUCGGCACCUCUUGCCUGGAAACACAGUGCAGGGAAGCCAAGGGAAACAUGGGGACUUACCGAUGGAUGGCACCCGAGAUGAUCAAGGAGAAACCUUACACUCGGAAAGUUGAUGUUUAUAGCUUCGGGAUUGUGCUGUGGGAGCUUACAACAGCGUUGCUUCCUUUUCAAGGAAUGACCCCUGUGCAAGCUGCUUUUGCUGUGGCUGAAAAGAAUGAGAGGCCGCCUUUAGUGGCAAGUUGUCAACCGGCGCUCGCUCACCUCAUAAAGCGCUGCUGGGCCGCGAACCCCUCAAAGAGGCCAGAUUUUAGUGAAAUCGUGCGUGCACUAGAGAAGUACGACCAGUGCGUAAAGGAGGGACUCCCUCUGACUCUGCACUCGGGGCUCGUGAGCCGGAACGCGAUUCUUGAACGCCUAAAAGGUUGUGUAUCAAUGAGUUCAUCCAUAUCUGUACAGGCCUAAAUCCGUUGGACAUGUAGUAUAUACAGCUAGCUGUUGUUUGAUCUGCUUCUUAUUUGGCUUACUGAAGUUUGUAGAGUUGUAGUUUCACUUUCAAGUUAGCUGCAUCCCAAGUCUUUUUAGCAGUUAUCUGAUAAGAAUCAGCUCAUUGAACAUCUCUUGAGUUGAGAUAAUUAAGAGCUUGUUCAUGGUAGAUUACUGAUGACUAAUGCUGUAGGUAUAAUUACUUGAAAAUUUUACUGUAACUGUGAUCGUUCUAAUCCUUCACCAA